AUGUCACAGCGCGGGAAGAGGCCUGCGAGCCGCUUGAAGCCCGUGGCGGUGGAUGCCCUCGAAACGGUGGGAUUCGUUUCCAAAGGCGAUCGCAAAUUGCUGGACCAUAAAGCCCAGAAUGACUACUUCUCCAAAAUUGUCGAACGAUACAUGGCAUUUUGUGCCCGCCACUCGGAAGAUUUAGACGCAGCGUGGUCAUCUCUUCCCACAAGUGCGUCCGGCGAUGCCACAAAGAACCCCCCGGCAGCUCUUCCCCAGUCGAAAGAAAAGCAGACCAAGAUCCAUAGUCUUUCCGCAUCCACCGAACUGUCCACCCUUCUCCUUUCCCUCCGUAAGCUUCGUGAAGCGGUUCUAGCCACUGCGUCCGCAAUACCAGUCUCAUUCUCCCAGCGUGUCCAUGUUUUCUCGGUCAAAAUAUCCAUUCAAGCCCAGCAUCCUCCGUCAUAUUUCCCCUCUCUCCGCUACCUACUCGAGAAACUACACUCGCCUUCUCACCCGUUACCCGAGUCGGAAUUGAAAGAUCUCAUUUCGUAUCUAAUCCUUGAUUACGCCUGCCGACAGGAUGAUUUAGUCGCCGCUUUCGAGCUGCGCGCGAAAGCGCGCCGCGAAUAUGCGUUCCAGUCGCCCACAGUUGACCGUGUUUUAACAGCCUUGGCGCAUGAUAACUGGGUCAUAUUCUGGCAGGUCCGAAAAGAAGUGGAUUCCUCCGUCCGGGUGUUAAUGAACUGGGCUGAAGAUCGAGUUCGGAGACAUGCACUCAAGGCUGUUGGCAGCGCUUACCUCAAUGUCGGGGUGCAGUGGAUCACAGAAGGCUGCACGGGAGAUAACCGCUGGACGUGGGAUAAACUGGUAGAGGCAGAGAAACUUGGCUGGCUGAAAGAGGGUGACAAGGUUAUUAUCCGAAAGCCGAAACCGAAGCCCCAAUCAGUUCUUGGAUCGAGUAAGGGAAAUGCGUAA